AUGUUCGAUUUUGGUGAUAUACCCUUCAUGAGUCCGGCUGGUGGUGGAUUGUUUCAAUCCUUGUCUUGCAACAAUCCCUCACAGCCUUUGAUUUUUGAAAGAUAUGAUCAACGACUCGGAAAGUUGUUUGAUUUUACGUUGCCUUUAAAAACAAAUACAAGUGUUGUUGACGAUAAUGAAGAAGGAGGAACAACAACAACUCCCAAUGUGGAUGAUGAACAAAAUGUUCUAGGUGAAGAUACAAAAAUUGGAUCUUCUUCCGACAAUAAUAUCAUUGGAAAUGAAACACCAACAACAACUUCCAUGAAUGCUUCUACUACUUUAAACAGCCACUCACAAACUCAAAUUAUAAACGUGUAUCAAACUUUGCAAAAGUGCAACCCAUCCUUUCCACAGGAACCGUGUGUGAUUCCUGAAAAGUGCCGAAAGGAAAUUGAAAAGUUUUAUUCGACACAUGAUGAAGAAGACGAAACGUAUUUGUUCAAGUUGCUUGUGGAUAUGAAUUUGAUAUCAUCGGGCCCCAUUGUCUUCAACAUUGCUGGUAAUUUUGCAGGGUUUAAUGGAGGUCCUCACACAGAUCUCAUGCAAGAAGAUUUUAAAAAAGAAUAUUUCAAAACAAGAGAGUGCUAUGAGGCCUCAAGAAGAGCACACAAAUUGUACAAAUAUGAUGAAUUUGAUGUACAAGACAAAUCAAAUCCAAAAUGCAUUAACACAUCAUUGCAAAAGAAAUUGAUUCAAAAGGCGGAAGAUGCACUCGCAAUUACUGAGCAUUGUAUUGAAGCCUACAAUGCUCUAGCCUUGUAUAAAGCGACAAGUUUUGAAGAAGCGCUCGAAUUGUACAGACAAGCUCAAUCUCAUUACAAGGAGUACUACAGUGAAAAAUUGGAAAAGAAGAGGAAAGAAGUUUUGAAAUAUAACAGGAAGGGACAAACUUGGUACAAUCACGAAUUGAGACAAUUUAUGAGAGCAAUUAUUGGUGAAGCGAAUUGCUUGAGAAAGAUGGGUCGAUACAAAGAAGCUCUUGAUAAUUAUCAGAGGUGCCUCGUGUUGGAUGAUGAGAUUCAUGAUACAUGGAUUUCUUGGAUUAACUACAUGUAUCACAUUCCAGAGUGCCUUAUGAGACUAGGACGAUGGAAGGAAGCGUACGACUUUUUAAAAAAGCACAAAAGUUUGCUGAAUGCGCCACCAACUCGUACCUUGUUAUGGAGUUUAGCUCUCUGUGAAUAUGUAAUCAAAAAGUUUACACCAGACACUGUGGCAAUGGCUCGUGCAGAAGUUUCUGGUACCGUCAAUCCAUUUAAAGAUCCCAUUUUUCAUGCUUCAAUUACGGCUCCUUUGGUAUACGAGUAUCUUGUUGGUGUCAGAAAAUUAACACCGGUGAGAAUUUCCAAGAGUUGGAGAAAUGCACCUUCUGGUUUCUGUGCGCCAUCCUCUCAAGCGAGUUAUGUUAUGGAUCAUUUGGAUUUAUGGCUUGCUGUACCAGGUGCACUGGAUUGGGCACUUCGAAAUGCAAAUACGGUCUAUGGUUUUUGUUCAAUCACAAAGACAGAGGAAAACUUGGAGAGAAAACAUUUCUAUCCAAAUGAUCCUUAUAAGAAUUUUUAUAAUUUUUAUUCUCGACAUUGGUUUGUGAAUGUGCAAAGUCAAGUCUCAAGAGAACCGAUGCUGCAAAUAGCUGUGUCCAUCAAUAAUUUACAAAUUGUACAAUUUUUGGUUGAAAAAGGAGCCGACAUUACCACGUCACUUGUACGUGCAUGCGAAAAGGAGAGAGAUGUUAUUUUACAGUAUUUUUGUGAAAAGGUUGGCACUCUUCCACUCGAUACACUCUUCGAGCCUUUCAGAAUUUCCGUCACUCUCGGUCAUUGGAAAUGUCUAAAAGUGUUGUUUUUAAGCGUUCUCAAUGCAUCGAAUUCUGUUCCAGGAUUACUGUUAAACAAGUGCAUGAGUUGGCUGGUAGAAUCGAAAGAAUAUGAUUGUGUGAAUGGUGGACCUACGUGCCCUCGUUGCUUGUCUGGACGUUUUCAACAUUCAUUAUCCAAUAAUUAUUUACAUUGUCUAGACUUGAUCCUAAUGAUGGGAUGGAAAGAUGUUUCAAAUACUGCGGCCACUCUUGAGAGCAGCAAUAAGAAGAAGCUUCAACAUCGUUUAAAACAAAUUACACGUGGAUGUGUCGCAUUGGACCCGCGCAAUUAUGGAAUUGUGGAUAUGCGAAGCGUUCAUCUUGUUGAUAAUGUCAAUAGAUACAAGGAAGUGAAACCAUUUACAGAAAUGUCAUCUGACCUCAUGAAAGACAUUGGAAAUGAUGAAUUUCAGCAAGGAAAUUUCAACGAUGCCCUCGAUUGGUACGGAAGAGCUUUGCAAAAGAAUGACAAUCCCGAGCUCAAACAUGUGCUGCAUUCCAAUAUGGCACAGUGUCAUAUCAACAUGAAGCAGUAUAAACUUGCCAUAGAACAAGCUCAGAAUUGUAUUGAAGCCAAUCCUUCCUUUGUAAAAGGUUAUUACAGGAAAGCAGUGGCUUUAGAAUUGAUGGGCAAAAGACAACAAGCUCUUGACACUUUGGAAAUGGCUCUCAAGAAGGAACCCAAUAAUGACAUGAUUUUGAAGCUCAAACAAAAGAUUUUGAAAGAUUUGGAAAAGCCAUCCACUGCAACCUCAUCAUCCUCCUCUCGUAGACCCAAUUCUGGCAGGGCAAGUACUCGAGGACGCAAUCCACGUGAUCUUGACGAGGAAGAAGAAGAUUCCGAAAACGACACAGAUCAUGAUGAGGACGAAGAAUCUGAUCACGAAGAGAACCCUCGUGGAAGAGUGUGUCCAAAUUGUGGUGGCGAAAGACUUCCUUACAUCUGUGCACAAUGUGGAAAAGAAGCGAAAAAGAGAUGUGGUGCUUGUCAUGAGGUCAGGUAUUGCUCGAAACACUGUCAAAUCAAGCAUUGGCCUGUUCACAAACAGAAUUGUUGUUGGGUUGACAUGCACACACGAUAA